AUGACGAAUGGAAAUGAAUUGAUCGAAUCCGAAAAUCCGAUGCAUCCUGCUAGACUCAUCUGUGAGCUAUGCCGUAAUUUCUAUACUCAUGGUUGGGUUACAGGCACAGGAGGAGGAAUAUCUAUAAGAGAUAGAGAGAAUGGACUCAUUUUUCUCGCACCCAGUGGAGUUCAAAAGGAGAGAAUACAACCCGAUAAUAUUUUUGUCAUGAGAUACAAAGAUCAGGAAUAUUUGAGAACUCCAACCGAUUUGAAACCUUCCGCCUGCACACCAUUAUUUUUAGCUGCUUAUACCAUAAGGGACGCUGGUGCAUGUAUCCACACACAUUCACAAAGCGCAGUCCUGUGUUCUCUUUUGUUUGAUAAAGUGUUUGAGAUAUCAAACAUUGAGCAAAUUAAAGCUAUGCCAAAUGUUACUAGGCCAGGCCACAUGAAAUAUUCUGACAGAUUAGUGAUUCCAAUCAUUGAAAACACCGAAAAGGAAGAGGAGCUUGAAGGAGCACUUCGUCAGGCAAUCAAAGAGUAUCCAGGAACAACUGCAGUUAUUGUUCGUAGACACGGAAUUUAUGUUUGGGGUGAGACAGUCUGGAAAGCCAAGGUCUAUAACGAAGCCAUUGAUUAUUUGCUUGAAUUGGGCGUUAAGAUGAAACAGAUGGGAAUACCAACGGUGAAAAAUUGA